AUGAAGCUUUCCACGUCAACCUCCCACCAGGAAACUGAUGGCUGGUUGAGCCGUGAAGGCUCCCUCCUUCCAGGUGUGACGAAGGGGCUGAGAAAUUUGUCAGUCUCGAACAUGCGCAAGAGCAUAUCGCACCUCGCCUCCAAGUUAGGGGCAAGCAGCAAGACUCCAACAAGUGCAGCUUUUGAAUCGGCGGCUCGAAUCUCGGCCGAAAGCAGCAGUAGUCCCCCUUCGUCAGAGGGAAAACCCCUAGCUCCUCAAGACAGAGGCAACGCGUCUGUAGCGUCUACGCAAGUAGCCUCCAAAACAAUGAUGUCUUUCGAAAAGCGCCUCCCCGAAGAAGAUGCAGGGCAGGGGGGGCACUCAGAGUUCAAGGCGAUCACCACGCCGACGCAGGAAAGCCCUCCACUGCCGCGAACGCCGCUCCGUGAAACUGAACGGCCGUCUGCUGAGAAGAGUCCAGUCAGAGCCACUAGUUCUACUCAAAGCGUGGACUCUGUCAUCAGCUUGGAUUUCGAAAGCCACACACCAAGGAGUGCUUCCGUAGACGCCGACACAGCGCCCGCACGCAGCCUGAAGUGGGGGGCUUUCCUUGAGAAAAUCCUCGCAAAAUCUUCUGACAGUGAACUCCGACCCGAGCCACCCGUCACUGCUUCAUGGGAACGAGCGUCCAAACAGCAGAACUCCUGGGAAACGCUAAUCACCAGAGACACAGCACUGGAUGCUGGGGAUGUACUUCGCAAGUACACAGACUUGAACGCCUUCGAAGUUCUUUCUAAACCUUCACUUACUCCAGAACUUGAAGAUGACCUCGAAAGAGGAGAAGGUCUCUCAAUGCCAACGCCGGUAGAUCCAGCCCAGUGUCGGGUGUACGGUCCAGGACUGGAAAAGCGCAUUGCUGGCGUUCUUUCUGAAGUAUUCUUCUCGUGCUCUGUUGCCGUCCGCCACCAAGUGACCAUUCUUUUGGACGACAAAUAUCCUGUUGCCUCUUCUCCUUACAUCGUUUCUGUAGUACCUGGAAGGAUUGACCCCUCGCAAACUGUGGCUCACGGGGAAAGCCUAAAGUUUUUUGGAAGAAAUGGAGAAAUGAACGAUUUUGUCAUUCAAGCGCGUGACGCACAUGGAAACAACAUCAAAUGUGGAGGCGACGCGCUUUGCGUGGAGGGUCUGGGUGCGAUAAAUGUUGUCGAGACGCUGGACUUCAACGAUGGAUUGGUGAGGCCUUAUAACAAGCCCCCUCGCGCGUGCAGAGCGCUCUUUUCCGAAGAUUUGGCCACUCGCAGAGUAGACCAGUGCCAGUGUGCAUUUACUGUACUUUUAAGCAGUUUGUUGCUGUUGCGGCCUUGUGUGCAGUACCGAGUGAAGUUUUUCGUGCGUGCUGGGUGUGAAUCACAGUACUGCCAGCUCAAUAGUGAGUAUGCCGGCGCAGGAGCUUCUUGUGCUUCCUUCGAGCAUGUCAUAGCGUCUGCGUUCAUUGCGAUCGAGAAUUCUCUCGAUUUUCUAAAAUUAGCCUGCUGCCGGCUUGCGUGUCCUGUUGCAGAGAUGCGGAGACAGCUGAAGCUGUGCUUGAGGGAUCUCGCGGAUAGGGAAGAAGAUCUAGAGAACAUGCUUGACUGUAUCAAGCGUCAUGUCUCGGCUGGGUUGCUUCACGCCAAGAUCGAAGACUUCGGCAAAGCGGACUUCGACAGACUCACAAAGAGUGUGGCACAGAUCCAAAAGCAGCUCCACACAACUUACAAAAGUCUGCAACAUCGAGUGGCCGAUUCGCUACCUGUCACUUUUGAGCUUGAGGACCCCGUCGAGAUCAAGCGCGCUCACAAAGAGCGACGUGCAAAGCUCAUACAGGUGCACUCCCAACUGCAGGCCAAGGAGCGCGAACUCAGGGUUCGGGAGAAGAAAAUCAAAGAACAGAUAUCUUCGUAUAUGUCUGAGCUUGCGCUGGACUUGAAAUCACGAGAGCACGCACUUGAAAUGGAGCAGAGAGCCCUUAAUACCAAUACGCGCCAAGUCCUGAAACUAACGAGCAACCGGCUGAAAAAGCACGCUCGGCGAGAGGCUCUCACUGCGUGCGAGAGAGAGCCUGUAGAAGCCCAUAAAUCAAGCCUAUGGCAAAGGGCACCAAUUGUUAUGGCGUCUUCAAAAGCCACUGCACCCAAAAGCACCGGAGCCGCUACCCAUGCUGCUCCACCAGAGCCUACCAGACAGGUGGAAACUCGGCCAGUAGAUCCAAACAGCUUUGCAUUCUGGUUAGCGGAGAAACAGUACGCUGUCGCCCACAAAGGCAUUCUUGGUACGUGUCCCACUAGCGUGUCAAAUCCUAUCUUCUUAGAUCUCAAAAUGCCUACUGCUUUGGGCGCUGUGGUUCUUUCAGGUGGAGUGGUAGGAAGAGCCUUGGAUGACCGAACGGCCUAUCGCCAAACAAAUCUACGCAGAGGAAAUCCCUCGCGAGUGACCUUUACGGAAUGGCGAGCAGGUAGUAACCAAGGUUGA